AGCCCAACCCAAUAAUAGUCACGGGACUAUAAAAGGGAAGUGGAUAAGCAAAAUAUAACCACACGUUGCAUUCUGGGAAGCCAUGGAAACCAUCUCUAUCUCUCCACACUCAUCUUCGCUCAUCGUUCUCACUAGACGUUCACUGCCAUCAACAAGGCACACCCAAAUCUUCUUUCCCCACCGUCAGGGCUCUCUCAGUUUCAACCCCAUAUGCUGCACCACCACUGAUAAUAACAGUAGUAGUAACAGCAGCAGCAGCAACACAACCAAUGAUGAUGCAGACUCAGUUCAAGCACCAAGUGCAACACCAGUUAAUCCUGUAGAAUUAAGCUUCCGGAAAAGAUCAAGAAGGCAAGCUAGACGGCAGAGGGAGAGGGAAAACGGCAUGCAAUCUACAAACAGAAGGGUUGAGAGUCCUCCCAAGAAAUGGGAAGACAUGACUUUGAGUGAGAAAGCAGUGGAGCUUUAUGUGGGGGAGAAAGGUGCUCUCUUUUGGCUCAACAAAUUUGCAUAUGCUUCAAUCUAUAUCAUGAUCGGAGGGUGGAUCUUCUUCAGGUUUGUGGGUCCAGCAUUCAACCUUUACCAGCUCGAUGGUCCUCCACUCUCCCCUACUGAUGUGUUCAAGUGAUUCCUCUCAGAUAUUAUAUGUAAAAAUCAGGGGCGCAAAAACCAGACAUUUUUGUUGAAGAGAAUUGCAAUGCCACAUCAUCUUUUAUAGUAUACAGACAUUUUUUUCAUUGUUUAGAAUUUCA